GCCGAACAUUUUCCGUUCGAUUUACGAUUCCCGAUAAUACUGCCACGCGACAGCACUAUCACGGAGAAACUAGUACGUAGUUUCCACGAAAGGUUUGGGCACGCUUUCCGAGAGACUGUGAAGAACGAGAUCAAACAGCGGUUCUUAAUUCCAAAGCUUAGUUCGCUCAUCACAAAAGUGGAGAAAGGAUGUGUCUGGUGUAAGGUGAAGAAGAAUCGACCAAGUAUGCCUCGGAUGGCUGCACUCCCGGUGCAACGGUUGACUCCAUAUCAGCGACCGUUUACAUAUGUUGGAGUCGACUAUCUUGGUCCGGUGGAAGUUACGGUCGGACGACACUCGGAGAAACGUUGGAUUGUGGUGUUCACCUGUAUGGUGGUUCGUGCUAUUCAUCUAGAGAUAGCAUAUAGUCUUACCGCUCAAUCGUGUAUUAUGGCUAUUCGUCGUUUCAUAUGUCGACGGGGCCCUGCAGCAGAGUACUUUUCUGAUAACGGCACUAACCUAAAGGCAGCCAGCAAAGAAAUCCUACAGCAGAUUCGAGAAAUGAAUAAGGAAUGCGCAGAAGAGUUCACCAGUGCACGAACCUGCUGGCACUUCAAUCCCCCUUCCGCCCCUCAUAUGGGUGGGGUUUGGGAGAGAAUGGUGCGCACAGUGAAGCAGUCGAUGGCAGCAUUGGAUGACGGGCGAAAACUGUCCGACGAGAUUCUUCUGACCACUCUCUCCGAGGCAGAAGAUAUGAUAAAUAGUCGGCCUCUUAUGUUCGUUCCUCAGAGUUCCUCAGAAAUUGCAAUCACUCCAAAUCAUUUCCUGCGUGGGACGGCGCCAAAUGAACCGCAAGAAAGUGUGCCACCAACGAAUAUAGCUCAGGCUCUACGAGACUCGUACAAACGGUCUCAGCAACUAUCAAAUGAAAUGUGGAAGCGCUGGAUAAGGGAAUACGUUCCUACCAUCAAUAAGCGAACGAAAUGGUUUGGGGAAUCGCAGCAGUUGCAGAAGGGUGACUUGGUGUACGUCGUUGAAGGAGAUCGCCGAAAGGCUUGGGUGCGAGGAGUGGUCGAAGAACCUAUCGUGUCCAGUGACGGACGGGUACGUCAGGCUAUGGUACGGACUAACAGCGGAGUGUUUAAACGGGCAACUGCCAAGUUGGCGGUACUGGAGAUUUCUGAUGGUAAUCCAGAUCCAGUGGAUGAUUCGGGAUCGGGUUUACAGGUCGGGGAUUUGUUGCGUACAACGUCACUGGGCAGCUGCAAUAAAUAAAACUUUCACGAGGGAUCGCCGGCAACUUAACUUCGGUCGUGACGUCUAUCAAGUUGAAAACGUCAGAUAGAAGAAUAGGACAGAAGCAAGUCACGAUUCGGAAUAAUUGGUUCAAUUUGUUAGAAGCUAUCCUAGUUAAACUACAUUUUUCACAGUUUGAAUUGAAAAUUGCUAAAUUGUCUUAAAACUAACUGAAGUAAGUAAAACCUUAUAAUUUAUGUUUGAACAACAACAAUAAAAAUAAACACUAAUUUAGGGAAAUAUCAAUAUUUAAAGGCUAUUUGAUUAGCGUCCACGUCGAGCGUUUUUGAUUUACAAAAUCUAGGUUAGUAUCCAAUAGAACAAAAUCAUUUAUUCAUAUACCCAAAAUAAUUGUAAAAUCUAGAUUGUCUUGAAGCCGGGUGGACCUAAAAGUAGUACUUGCUGCGCCGAUUGCCUGCAGGAGGAAAGGAAGAAACUAAAAUUCUUCAAGCUGCUAAACGCAAAAGGCUGCUGUGAAGAAGUUUUUUCUACAUAAGAUCCG